CGUUUUUGCUUUUGGACGUACGUGCUGAUUUUUAAUGAAGCACGUUGCGGACCAACUUUAUUUUCUUUAAUUUGUUUUUCUUUUCGUUUCUGUUGUCUUUUCUUGUUGUGUUAAUUACCUGCUUUUUGCAAUACCAUUAAAAAUGCCACCACGCAAGCGCCAAACCAAAAUAGCCAAGUCAAAACCUGUUGAAGAAGAGCCAGUUGAGCAGCCCGAUCUAACGCUCUUUCAGGACUUUGACGACCAGAUCGAUGUGACUCAGCUCGAUCUCAUCAAAGAUCUAAAUGACGAAUUCUUCUCUACAUCCAAUCGUCUCAUACAAGUAGUGGCCGAGUCUGUUAAUGCUUUUGUGGCUGGGAAGCUGAAACGCUAUGUGGAUCUACUGGCCCUGAUGCACACCCGCUAUGUGGGAGAAGUGGAGUCGGCGAAAGCCAUGAAGCACCGAGUGCAUGAUGCGGAUGAAAAGUUGCGCUUAGCGCUGGAGACAACCGCUACAUCGGAGUCUAUGUUUGAUCAUCUGCGUGACUCUCUGGCUGAGGCUUGGCGCGCAGCCGAUGCAGCAGAGAACCGUGAGGCUCUAAUGCAGCGGCAAGUGAUAGCCUUAGAACCGAAGGAGAAUUUGGUGAAGCACAGCUCGGUUUCGGAUGAGGAUCAUAACAAAGAUAACAGCAAAAUACGCGGCGUUGUGCUUCGCGAGCGCGAUCGCUUGGCUGGCGAGUUGAGGGAAUAUCAAAAACGCCUGGAAUUGCAACGGUACUAUUCCGAGACCCUGGAAACCAUUAUUGAGACGCAUCGCAUUACCAUUGGUAAACAGAAGUCGCAUAUAACUCUUAUAGAGAAUGAAAAGUUCAAGAUCGAGCACAAGCAGCGGGUCUUACAAGAGAGAUUCAACGAGGAUAUGCAAGCAAUGCAAAAGGAACUGGCCACCACCAAAGAUUGUCAUGAAGCGUUGCAUCGUUAUGAGCUCAACUUCAUUGCUUCUCAAAAGAAAAACCAGGCGCUCCGAUCGGCAAAUGAACAGCUAGGGCGCGAGAAUUACAAUAUUCAAAGGAAUUAUCAUCGCGUUGAGGAAGACAAGGCUCAGUUGCAUUUGAAAAUAACCUUGCUGGAAGACAUGGCUAAGGUGAACAAACGAGACCUUGAAGAGAUGGAAAAUCACAACCGGCAAUUAUCGCGAGAGCUGAAGAAAAACUCCUACGUGUAUGGCAUACUGAAGCGCAGAUUUCAGCAGUUGGGUCGCAAAAACAUCGAAAUUAAUCAAACUAACAUCACGCUGCAAAAUGAUAUAUAUACGCUGGAAAAGAAACUAGCCCAAUCCUUAGCCCAGCUUGAUGAUAUGACCCACAUGAAAGAUGACAUUUUUAAGAGCAGAGAAAAACUACGUUUGGACUAUACGCGUAUGAGCGAUUUAGUAGCCAGUAUGAAACAUGAUGCUGUGGUGCAGCGGAACAGCAUGCAGGGCUUGCAGAAUGAGUAUGACCGGGCGAAUAAAAAGCUGGACGAAAAGGAGCAGUAUAUACAAAAACUUAACAAAGAGAAACAUGAAUUGAUUCAGGAGAGUAACGAUCUUAACGAUAAGAUUGAAACUUUGGAGGAGACCCUUUUGAAAAAAACCGACCGCCUAGCGCUACUCAAUGAAAGGCUUCAGACCAAGCAUCGUGACUUUGUGAACAUGAAAAAGCAAAUGGAAGUAGUGCAUUCAGAAAAAGUGGGCCUGGAGAAAAGUUUGGAUGUGUGUACGCGAGAUCGGCAGACCUUGCAAAACAUUAAUGUCAAAAUGACUCAUCAGGUCAACCAAAUGACCAAUGAGAUAGCCGUGAACGAAAAGGAGCUCAAUGCACUGAACUGUCGAAUUGAACAGCUCAACAGCACCAUUAAGCAGAAAGUGUCCGAGAUACAGAGUACAGAACGAAUGUUGCAACGCACGCGCACCGAUCUUAAAGAAACGAAGAUACGCAACGAAAAUGCGCAACAUACCAUCGAUCAGGACGAAAAACGUUUUAAGCAAAUGACGUACAGCUUGGACGAAUUGCGCAAGGAGAAGAAUCUGGUGGGACUGCAGAUGGUUCGGCGCAAUGACGAAGUACAGUUGCUAAAGGAGCGGAUAAACAUGUUGCAAAACGGCCUGGAUCGCGGCACCUCACAAUACAAUCAGCGCAUCGAAGAUAUACGCCUGCUUAAGCUGGAGAUCACGAAUCUCCGCAUGUCUCACAGUUGCAUGAAGCGGGCAUUGGAGGGGACAGCCAACAUGCGCCAGGAGGUGGUGCGCCUGGAGCGCACUCUUAAUCGUGAGCGAUUGCGCGUCACUGCAUUCACGGAGGAGAUGGCGCGACCAUGCCGCAUUCACCGCUGGCGUGUGCUUCUGGGCAGGGAUCCAAAGAAGUUCGACCUUAUACGCAAGAUUCAGGUGCUGCUCAAGCGCAACAUUCGGCUCAAUCUUGACCGCGUCAACGCUGACAAGAGAGCGCAGGAUGUGCAACGACUGUAUGACACUUUAAAGCAGCAGUUGAAGCACAUUCCUGAUCCGAGCAUAAAAGCGCAGCUGAAUACCCAGCAGCGCAUCAAUCGUAAUCAGAUCCGAAAGCUGAAAGCUAUGAAGGCAGAACUGGCUAUAAAUGAGAUCGAUUUGAAGACACGUGAUUGCAUUAUUGAAAGCUACGAGACGAAGUUGAAAGAGCAAGUCCAGCCAACUGUCAAAUUCCGGAAAAAACGAGCAGUACCUUUCAACAAGACCAGCAAGGUUCUUUAUCCCAAGUAUGAACUGUGCCUAGCAGAUGCAGUAAUCCAGCAAUCCUCUGGAUUUUUUCAACCCGAAAAGAAGAGUUUAGAUGUUCCUUCCGAUGAAAUCUAAAUACAUAGCCCUGUUUUCUUACAUGUACAUACAUAGUAUUCUACAAGGAAUAAAUAUUUAUUGAUUGUUCUAUUUGA